UCAGCCAUAAACACAAUGUCAAACGAAGACCUCGUCAAAGUCACUUACCAAGACCGAAUUGCAAUCAUCACAUUCAACCGGCCGGAGAAGCUCAAUGCCCUCAACCAAGACCUAUAUUACCUACUCGGGGAACGUCUCCGGGAGAUCGACAAGCGCGAGGACAUCUUCAUCACCAUUCUAACCGGCAAAGGUCGAUUUUUCUCAGCCGGAGCAGAUGUUACCUCGACCCGGCCAUCUGGCGACCUGAGCAGCAAUGUCCGCCGCGAGCUCACGCGAUCCUUCGUCGUCAACAACCUCGACAUCACGAAUACCGUGGCCCACCACUCCAAAAUCCUGGUAGCUGCUCUCAACGGCCCUGCAGUCGGUCUUUCCGCCGCACUGAUCGCCAUGGCCGACUUUAUCUACGCCGCGCCGCAUACCUUCCUGCUCACCCCGUUCUCCUCCCUUGGUCUUGUCGCUGAGGGCGGCUCUUCGCGCGCUCUUGUUGAGCGUCUUGGCAUCUCCAAGGCUAAUGAGGCGCUCAUCAUGAGUAAGAAGAUUACCUGCGAGGAGCUUGUGGCGACUGGGUUCGUGAACAAGGUUAUCUCUGCGCCGUCGGGCAGGAAGGACGAUUCGGAUGGUUUCCUGGAGAAGGUCCUCGAGGAAGUUGAGGAUCGUCUUGGUACUCACCUGAGCCAAUCUAGUCUCCUGGGGAUUAAGGAGUUGAUCCGCAGGCCAGAGCGGGAGAUUCUGGACCGUCAGAAUUACCUUGAAGUGUUUGCUGGGUUGCAGAGGUUCCUGAAAGGCAUCCCUCAGGAGGAGUUCAGGCGGUUGGCUUCGGGAGAGAAGAAACAUAAGCUGUAG